ACGGAACCGGCGCGCCACAGACUCGGGCGCCUCGGCGGGAGCGUGAGCAGCCAUGGCCACCACCAACGGGGCCGUGGAGAACGGGCAGCCCGACAGAAAACCGUCUGCCCUACCGCGCCCCAUCCGCAACCUGGAGGUCAAAUUCACCAAGAUAUUUAUCAACAACGAAUGGCACGAAUCCAAGAGUGGAAAAAAGUUUGCCACAUAUAACCCUUCAACUGUAGAGAAAAUAUGUGAAGUGGAAGAAGGAGAUAAGCCCGACGUGGACAAGGCGGUGGAGGCCGCCCAAGCCGCCUUCCAGCGGGGCUCACCAUGGCGCCGGAUGGAUGCCCUGAGCCGGGGCCAGCUGCUGCACCAGCUGGCGGACCUCAUGGAGAGGGACCGCACUGUUCUGGCCACCCUAGAAACCAUGGACACAGGGAAACCAUUCCUUCACGCCUUUUUCAUCGACCUGGAGGGCUGCAUAAAAACCCUCCGGUACUUUGCAGGGUGGGCGGACAAGAUACAGGGCAGGACCAUCCCCACAGAUGACAACGUGGUGUGCUUCACCAGGCAUGAACCCGUAGGCGUGUGCGGGGCCAUCACUCCCUGGAAUUUCCCUCUGCUGAUGCUGGUGUGGAAGCUCGCGCCCGCCCUCUGCUGUGGGAACACCGUGGUCGUGAAGCCGGCUGAGCAGACUCCCCUCACAGCCCUUUAUCUUGGCUCUCUGAUCAAAGAGGUUGGGUUCCCUCCAGGUGUGGUGAACAUCGUGACAGGGUUUGGGCCCACAGUGGGAGCUGCCAUCUCUUCUCACCCUCAGAUCGACAAGAUAGCCUUUACUGGGUCCACAGAGGUUGGAAAGCUAGUUAAAGAAGCCGCCUCCCGAAGCAAUCUGAAGAGGGUGACGCUGGAGCUUGGGGGCAAAAACCCAUGUAUCGUGUGUGCGGAUGCCGACCUGGACUUGGCCGUGGAGUGCGCCCAUCAGGGCGUGUUCUUUAACCAGGGCCAGUGCUGCACAGCGGCCUCCAGGGUCUUCGUGGAGGAGCAGAUCUACGCCGAGUUCGUCCGGCGCAGCGUGGAGUACACCAAGAAGCGGCCCGUCGGAGACCCCUUUGAUGCCAGAACCGAACAGGGGCCCCAGAUUGAUCAAAAGCAGUUUGAUAAAAUCCUCGAUCUGAUCGAGAGUGGGAAGAAGGAAGGCGCCAAGCUGGAAUGUGGGGGCUCAGCCAUGGAAGACAGGGGGCUCUUCAUCAAACCCACUGUCUUCUCAGAAGUCACCGACAACAUGAGGAUUGCCAAAGAAGAGAUUUUUGGACCAGUGCAGCCAAUACUGAAGUUCAAAAACAUUGAAGAAGUGAUAAAAAGGGCAAAUAGCACUGAAUACGGACUCACAGCAGCCGUGUUCACAAAGAACCUUGACAAGGCCCUGAAGCUAGCAUCUGCCCUAGAAUCCGGGACGGUCUGGAUCAACUGCUACAAUGCCAUCUAUGCACAGGCUCCAUUUGGUGGCUUUAAAAUGUCGGGGAACGGCAGAGAACUAGGUGAAUAUGCUCUGAGCGAAUAUACAGAAGUGAAAACCGUCACCAUCAAACUGGACGACAAGAACCACUGAAGGGAAGGCAGGGUCCUUCCUCCAACAUUUGACAACUGAAUGUGGCGGAUUACACUUGCCGAAGAAAAAAAUGACAUUUCUGACCUUUUUGUGACACUUUCUUCUGGAAGCUUUCAAUCUGCUGGAUUUGAAUGACUCUUCUCCUCCCACGCUAAGUUUUAUUGAUCAAGCUGUGGAUGCCCGUAUGUUGUGCAAAAUUGCGUUCCUGCCUGGGGAUGGCGCUAUUGGCCAUUUCUGUUUUGCCCUUUAAACUGGGUACCAGCGGACAGUGAAGAUGCUCAGGGCACUGUUAACAGGAAGUGGUAUUUGCAGUGGCCAGCAGCUCCUGAAAAAUGUGUUGCUGAAUCUGACUCUAGUAAGAAUUUGGAAAAACUCCCUGCAUGUUCCACCAGCAGAGCCCUGCACCUACGGUCUCCUCAGGUUCACCUGUCCACAGAACAAGCCUCUCUUUCUCGGGGAGGGCUGACGGUACCAUGCAGUGGGAAAAGCAUUAACACUAAGUUAAAAAAAAAAAAGGCUGCAAGGAUCUGAUGGGCGGAGAUUUGGGGGUUGUGGGCAUGUGUGGGUGAGGGUCUUUGAGGUCUGCAUAUUUAGUGACCACGGCACUCAGCUUAUAAAAACAAUACUGCCUUUGGAAUCUGACCAAAUCGUAGCCCAAAGAGCAUAUUCUAAAAAUGUGUCAUUGUCUAUCUUAACCAAGGCACUUUCUUAGGCAAAAAAAAAAAAAAAGUUCUAUCGCCUUUGCUGCUAAGGAGCCAACGCUCUGACCCUCCAACAGCACAGCGAAUCCUCCGGUAAUUAAGUUCCACAUUUUACAAACACACCAAAGCAAUAAUUCAUUUUAGGAAUUCUGCCUUUCUACUACACUCCUUAAUGGUUUAUGAUAAGCCUACAUACUUAUCCUUUUUCCAGUUCUGUUACCCGGUUUAGAUUAGGAAAACAUACAGAACUGGAAAGACGACUGUCAUAAUAUAGACCUGCUUUUUCAAAGUCCUAUUUUGAUGUUAAUUUCUGAGUAAUUAACAGAUAAGACAUGGGCUCCCUGGAGGACCUGGGUCUCCUACUAAAUCCAAGUGGUCUGAGUACUUUAUAACAGGUUGUGAAGUUUUCUUUUCCUCUUUGUGUAUCCAAAGGGUGUGCAAUCCCAUCAACUUUGACUUGGAAAACGGAAGGUGUUUCCAUAGAGCUUUAAAAAAACAAAACCAAACUUAAAUUGUGUUAUUCGGACACUGUUACUGUUACUAACUAGUCAUUUUCUAAUGGGAAAAAUGGUGCUUGUGCUUGACAAUUCAUUGGCGUGAGCACAGUGAUAAGAUGAAGCUCCAUGUCACAACCUGUGUGUAUAAAGAAAAUCACGCAGGAAAUGGGGUUAUCAUCCUCGUGAGCAAUAUGCAAUAUGUACUUCACCUUCUCUCCAUCAGUUAACACUUACAUUAACAAUUCACUUGUUAGGUCAGGAUUAGACUUCUUACACUGAAUCGUCAGGAUUUUAUCUCAACUAACUAUAGACACUAACCUCGAUAGUAAUGCCUUGGAGGGUUCUUUUUCUUCCAUUGUACAAUAAUGCCUUUAAUAUGAAACUCUACAUUAAUUACGAUUGGUAUAGGGUCGCUAUGAGUUGCAAUCGACUUGACACCAAUGGGUUUUGGUAUAGUUAAUUAUAUCUUUUUAUAGCUGUAAGUACACAGAGGUGGUAUAUUUAACCUUCUGUAAUAUACUGUAUUUAGAAAUGGAAAUCUAUAUCCUGUUUGAUUUCACUUUUUUAAAGGUUUACCACUGUGGUAUGGUUUAAAAAUGUAUCAGCCUGGAAAUUCAGCUCCUACCUACAGAUUGAGCUCAACAAUGCAACAAUGAUAAAAUAAACUUAGGUAUUUGAGAAACAUUAUGUUGUGUUUUGUUCUGUUUUCAUUUGAGGACUCAAUCCCUUUUAAUUCUGUGGCUGACCCCUCUUUCCUGGGUCUUCUGUACAAAAUGUCUUGUAACAAAGCAGGGUCAGUAACUGAGGCUACAAUUCCCCUUGCUCAAUCGAUCAGGCCUAGUGCUUUGCCUGAGCGUGAAACCCAUUCCUAUCGGUUUUGGAGUCAACCAGGCAGGGAGCCUGGCUUCACUGUCUCUCUGUCUUAA